AUGACGAAGAAACAGAAGGAAGAAAAGGCAGCCGCUGAGCUUCGUCGGCAGGCGCUCCUGGCAUCCGGUGUUCAGAUUGAAGGGCUGCAACAGCAGACAAGUAUUCCUGCAAAGAAGGUCGCGUUUAGUAAUAGGAAGAAGAAGGGUCCUCUUGCUAAGGAGGCCACAGCUUCGCCUGCCCCUGAGUCGAGACCGGAAACUCCAGACGACAUCCUCGAGACUUCCGCCCCUUCACAUGUCGAACCCGCUGCCGAGGAAGCUAAGUUGGACGGAGUGAAGGAUGAGUGGGAUGCAAGUAGCGGAGAUGAAUCAGAUGAAAGUCUUGACUCGGAGGAGAUGCAACCAGAACAAUCAGAAAUCCAAACUGGCGUUCACGUCGACCAGAAUCCACCCGACACAACGCUAGCAGAUUCAAAGACAGAAAAGGCAGAUGCAGGGACAGCUAAGGCGCAUGCGAGAUCAGCACAAACACAUACGGCUGCCACUACGGUGCAAAGUAAAGAUAACAAGGAUAACCUCCGCAGCCCUAUCUGUUGUAUUCUCGGACAUGUUGAUACCGGUAAAACGAAACUUUUGGAUAAGAUCCGUCAAACAAAUGUACAAGAAGGCGAAGCAGGCGGCAUUACCCAGCAAAUAGGUGCCACGUACUUCCCGUUAGAUGCAAUAAAGACGAAGACUGCAGACAACUCUCAAGAAUACAAAAUCCCUGGAUUGUUGGUUAUCGAUACACCUGGACACGAAUCAUUCACCAACUUGCGUAGCCGUGGAAGUUCUCUGUGCAACAUCGCGAUUUUGGUGGUAGAUAUAAUGCACGGCCUUGAGCCACAGACGCUGGAGUCGUUAAGGCUAUUGAGAGACAAAAAAACACCGUUCAUCGUGGCCCUUAACAAGAUUGACCGAUUAUAUGGCUGGAAAGAAACACCCGACGGCGCCUUCCAAGAAUCACUUGCGAAGCAAAAACGAUCUGUGCAACGAGAAUUCGAAGAUCGCGUACAAAAGACCAUCCUCGCCUUUGCAGAACAGGGGUUAAACGCAGUCCUAUACUACGAGAACAAGAGUUUUGCCCGCAAUGUUUCUCUGGUACCUACCUCCGCCAUCACCGGGGAAGGCGUUCCAGAUAUGAUCAUGCUAUUGGUCAAUCUUACCCAGCAACGCAUGAGCGAUCGCUUGAUGUACCUCUCAGAGCUAGAGUGUACCGUCCUCGAAGUUAAGGUAGUAGAAGGCUUGGGCACAACAAUUGAUGUUGUUUUGUCCAAUGGUAUCCUACGUGAAGGUGACAAAAUAAUCGUGUGUGGUCUUAAUGGCCCGAUCGUCACUCAGGUCCGUGCAUUGUUAACACCUCAGCCGCUUCGCGAGCUGCGAAUUAAGGCAAGUUCAGCAUAUGUUCACCAUAAAGAAGUCAAGGCGGCACUGGGUGUCAAGCUUGUUGCUCCCGAUCUUGAUAAAGCUGUUGCGGGUUCACGGCUCCUUGUCGUUGGGCCAGACGAUGACGAGGAAGUUUUGCUCGACGAGGUCAUGUCAGACCUUACCUCGCUUUUAAACUCCGUCGACAAGUCAGGUCGUGGAGUUUGCGUGCAAGCCAGUACGUUAGGAUCUCUCGAAGCGUUGCUCGACUUCUUGAAAGUCAGCAAAAUCCCUGUUUCGGGGAUUAAUAUCGGUCCCGUGCACAAGAAAGACGUCAUGCGCGCUGCCACAAUGCUAGAGAAGGCCAAGGAGCUCGCUGUCAUUCUUUGUUUUGAUGUACCGGUUGACAGGGACACGGAAAAGCUCGCUGAGGAAAUGGGCAUCAAAGUGUUCAAAGCUGACAUCAUCUACCAUCUGUUUGACGCCUUCACUGCCUAUAACAACGAAAUCAUGGAGGCGAAGCGACGAGACGCGGCUCCACAAGCGGUGUGGCCGUGCAGACUGAAAAUUAUAGCUGCCUUCUGUAAACGUGAUCCGAUUAUUUUGGGAGUUGACAUCUUGGAUGGGACUCUUCGGGUGGGCACUCCGAUUUGUGUUGUCACGGUCGAUCCGAGCACACAGAAGAAAGAAAUUAUUGACCUUGGGAAGGUCACGUCGUUGGAGAUCAACCACAAAUCAUUCGAUAUCGUGAAGAAAUCUCAAUCUGGUGGUGGCGUUGCUGUGAAGAUCGAACACGCUGUGUAUGAAUCAGGAAAAAUGUUUGGUCGACACUUCGAUGAAAAGGAUGAACUUUUCAGUCACAUCACAAGACAGAGCAUUGAUGUUCUCAAGACGUCCUUCAAGGCUGAUGUUUCUAAUGAGGAGUGGCUCCUAAUCAAAGCUCUCAAACCCGAAAAACUCGGCUAUAAACAGCAAUUACAUCGCAGCUGGCACUUGAUCGAGAGCUUUGCGGCAAGUUUUGUUGCCCUGAACUUCAUUGGAGGCGUCAGAUCUUAUCUCUUCCUCGGGCUCCUUGCGGGAGGACCUGCCGCGAUAUGGUCAAUGUACCUUGUUACGAUGGUCUUCAUGUUUAUCACUGCUGCUGUUCUCGCCGAGAUCUGUUCCGCGUUACCAUUAAGCGGCUCUAUUUACAUAUGGGCUGCAGAAAGUGCUGGUCCAAAGCAUGCCAGAUUCUUCGGCUUCCUCGUUGCCUGGUGGGCAUGUACUGCAUGGAUGACCUUUACCGCGAGCAACUGCCAAGCCACAGCCAAUUAUAUCGUUUCUCAACUUACUGUUUGGGAGAUUGACUUCCCUGGAGGUGCCGGAAAUGACAAUAUCCAGUGGCGGGCUCUAAUAUGGGCAAUAUCCGAAGGAAUGUUGUUGUUGUCGGUGGCUAUCAACUACCUGCCGCCAAGAUUUUAUUCUGGUGUCUUCAAAUUUUCCAUCGGCCUCAUGAUGCUCGACUUUUUCCUGUGUCUCAUCUGGUUGCCCAUUGGUGUUUCGAAUACCUACGGUUUCCGGUCCGCCAGUGAUGUCUUCACGAUGACCUAUAACGGCACAGGAGCCCCACCUGGGUGGAACUGGCUCUUAUCUUUGUUAUUCACGGCGGGAACCCUGACUGGCUUUGAUGCUUCAGGACACAUCGCCGAGGAGACCAAGAAUGCUAGUGUGGUUGCAGCCAAAGGGAUUCUGUGGAGUGCAAUUGCAACAGGUGUUUUGGGCUUCAUUACGACCAUUCUGUUUUUGUUCUGUACACCAGACCUCGACGCCGUGUUCGCCCUAGAUGCGCCACAGCCAUUCGUGCAGAUCUACGCGCUCGCUCUUGGAAGGAAAGCCAGUAUCUUUAUGACUAUUAUUGCGGUCAUCGGCCUGAUCAUGAACACAACUGUUUCUAUUGUCGCGUCCUCGCGCCUUGUGUUCGCGGUCGCCAGAGACGGGGUUUUACCAUUGUCCGGAUGGAUCGGCUCCGUCGACUCGAAAGGACAACCUCGCAAUGCAGUGACCGUCAUCUACAUCUUUGCAGCCAUUCUUCUCUGUACGAUCAUUCCCAGUCAGGUGGCAUUCACAUCGUUGGUCUCAGCCGGGGCUGUCCCGACCAUUGCGGCAUAUGGCCUUAUCGCUUUGCUGCGCUUGACGAUGACACCCGAUCGUUUCCAGUCCUCUCAUUUCAAGCUGGGAAAAUACGCCAAGCCAUUCUAUGUUUGUGCUGUCUUAUUUAAUGCACUGGUAUUUGCGGUCGAUAUAUCGCCAUUUGAGUUCCCUGUGAACGCUCAGACAUUCAAUUUUGCCACCGUUAUCUUUGGCGCAAUUUCCAUUUUCGCUUUCCUGAGCUGGUACUUCACUCCUGAAGAAAAGUGGCUCAGGAAGGACCAGAUACUCAAGGCAUAUGAGGCAGUUGAUCAUCCUGAGGAUGAGUGA